AUUACCAGUAAUCUCCAGGCAGGUUUAACUUACUAUAGCGAGCAAGUUACCUAUAAUCAGUACCUAAGUAGCUGAAUGUUUCUGCCUUGCGACGCAACUCCGUCUCCAAAUUCAACCCCAACUCAACUACGACAGUUACAACUACAAUUCCAGAAUACACUCGAUAAAUCUCAAACCAUUCAACACCAAGAAAAUGAAUCACGAAUGCGAAACCUCACUUGAUUGGUAAUUGGGGGUUUGUUCCUACAUGAACUACGACUAUCACUCCAGAUUCGAAUUUCAUUCACCCCGAUAUUCUUCCCAGCACCUCCGAAUUAAAAGUAGCGAUUAGCAUCAAGCGACACCGCGGAAUUUACUAUCCCCAUGGCUUUACGAAUACAUACCCACUAGGAGACGCCCAGUAUGUCCGGUCGCAAACUCGGAGGAGGGCGAAUCUUGGGUAAUGGGAAAGGUCUCGCACCUCCGGCCCCCCCAGCUAUCCAGAGAGAAAGAGAGAGAGCUGCUAGCCCGUCCGCCCCCUCCGAUAGUACCUUGUCCAUAGGCUCUCCCACGACAUCCAUAUCCCACGACACUCCGAGCCCCUUACCCGACUUUACUCAAGACUUAACAUCCAACAUUAGCUUAGGAGGACCUAGCAAUGGCGGUCAACCAAGUUCUAAGCUUGUGUGUCCUAUAUGCGACGAGGAAAUGUUAACUCUUUUGCAACUAAAUCGCCAUAUCGAUGAUGCCCACCAAGAACUACCCGAAUUCGAACACGAUGAGGUUAAAUCUUGGAUAGACAAGCAGGUCCUUAAAGCCAAGAGAUUUCAACCCCUUUCCCUCAUUAACCAGAAACUCCGUGGUCUUGAAGUCUUUGAGUCCAACGAAUCGCUACCUCCACCUGUACCCGUCGCCGGCCGAGCGAAUAGAGUCCCUGUUCCCGAUCUGCCUCUUGAUCCCGACGAUAUAAUUACCAAGUCUCAUUGGCAACGACAAGGUCCGAACGAUCUAUGCACAGAUCCGGCAUGUGGGAAAAGAUUAGGGGCUGUCAACGGCAGUAUAAACUGUAGACAAUGCGGGAGGUUGUUUUGCGAGGAACAUACUAUGUACCAGAUGAAGCUAUCGAGAUCUGCGUCGCACGAACCUGUGCGGGGCCACUGGUAUAGGGUAUGUGAAACGUGCUACAAGUCAAGAGAAGGGUAUAACGAUCAUAAUGGAUUAGUGAGGGAUCACACUAAAGAGUUCGCGGCGAUACGUAGGAAGAGGGUUGACAGACAGACACUUGAAAUAUCCAGAUUGGAAAAGCGACUAACCAAAUUGACCCAAUUGCUCGCCAAUCCACCUGAGGAAACGGGCGCAGGCGGUAGCACCGGCUUGUUAUCCCCUCUGGCGGCGCAAAGAAAUCAACGGAAGGCGAUUGAACAAUCCGUCGUUACGUGGGAAGAUGACGGGAAAGUUAAUAAGUGUCCAUUUUGCCAACAAGAGUUUGCUUGGACUUUUAGGAGACAUCAUUGCCGGAUAUGCGGGCGGGUAGUGUGUGCGGAUCCGCAAACUGGGUGCUCGUCCGAGGUGGGCUUAGACGUCGCAAGUCCAUCCGCUCGCGCAUCUGAGAAACUUGGAGGUGGUAUUCCAAUAAGUGUUGACGUUCGUAUGUGUCAAGAUUGCAAAUCUACUAUCUUCUCUAAGAGAGAUUUUGUGGAAUCUAUUAUACACAAACCGCCAGAUCAACGGGCUUACGAGACAUUGAAGCAAUUUGAACGUGGUAUUCAGUUAUUAUUACCUACCUUUCAGAGAGCCCUCAUACCAUUACAGGAUGAGAACAAUCCACCCAGUCACGCACAGAUUCAAGAGGCCUCGAAGAUGAGAAAGAGGCUGACGGACAGCUUUACUAAGUACGAUGUAGCAGCUCGACGAAUCCGCGACAUGAAAACGGAUAGUCCUUCACAACAGCAAUUACAAAAAGCUAUACAUCAGGCAGCGUCGUCAUUCCUACACAUGCACAUGCUUCCACUCAAGAAUCUUCCUCGGAUGUUAAGACACAAUAGUUCUAAUUCGACAAGAAAUCGCCUACUCCCGAAUGGCCAUGUAGCUAGUCCACUACGUAAUGGUAGUGAUUCACUCGAGACGGCUAGUCAGACAAGCGAAACAAGUACAGUGGUAUCAGCAUUAGAGACAGAGGAGAAAGAGUUACGAGAACGACUUAUUGUAUUGGAGGAGCAGAAAUACAUGGUUCAGACCAUGAUAAGUGGCGCACACGGCGCUAGACGAUUUGAGGAGGUUAGUGCUUUGACACGUAAUGUCGAGGAAUUAGACGCCGAGAUCGAGAGUAUACGGGGGAAGGUUGCGGCUGUCGAAGAGAAGUGGCAGGGCUUAUACGCAAAUGGUGGACCUGGGUUGGUGUCAUGAUGAGAUUUUCCGUGCACUUUUUAAAUCCGAAGGUGAAGUUGGCGGUGAAUUACUAGCAAAAAACGAACGGGAGAAAGUCUCAGUAUGGAGAGCGAGUGUGAAUAUAUUGGACUCUUUAUUUCUUCCUUCUUGGAAGGUUAUACCAAACAUGGCAUGGCAUGGCGUUGGUUGGGUAUAGGUUAUGUUAUGUGGUUCUAUGUACGAUGUCGCUGGCUAUUUUGCCCUUUAAACCCAAGAAAAGAACUGAUGU